AUGGCAGUGAUGCGGUUUGAAGUUUCGACAUUCAUAUAUAUUUUUAUUGUAUGCAGUGCAUCACCACUUCCACCAUCAUAUGGCCCAGAUCAGGCGAUACCACCAGAAACAUACGUACAUACAGCUAAUACAAUACAUAAGAAAGACACUCCUGAUGUACCAACUAUUCAAUAUGCGCCUCUGUACUCAUCUGACAAUGUAAUCAAUCAAGCGCCAAGAAACACUGAAAAUGUGGAAGUAAAAAAAACACAUUUAGAACCAAAAAUAUUAGAAAGCAGUGACAUUAAAUUGAUUUCGAGUCAGCAAAAUUCAUAUCCAUACAUUCCAGGUCACAAUAUAGAAAUCUAUCCAUAUGUCAAUCGUGGCUUAGGAUUGUAUGAUGACUACAAUAGUAAACCAGAGACAACUUCUGAGGCGACAACAAAUGCAAGUAAUAAGGCGAACUAUCGCCGUGCAUUCUCUGUUUUUAAGAAACCUGAAAAUGAGUUGAAUAUUGCAAAUUUACAAGAAGCACUUGAUGUCUCCAUACCAUCAACGAAUGACCCAGUGGUUCAAUUUGCUAAUUUACUAGAAAAAACGCACGUAGACUACAACGGAAAAUCCGUCAACCCAUCGUUGGAUCAGCAAUUUCUUACAAACCAUGAAACACUACAGGAUAUCCAUGAACUUACAAAACAAAUCGAAUCACAAAGGAUAGUGGGUUACCCAAAAAUGAAUACUUUGUUAUUGAAUUUGGCAAGAGUUUACAGCGCAGGUUCACCGUCUUCAAACCACGUUAAUUAUUUAGAAAUGACUAAAAAUAAUAUUAUUAGCAGUUUGCAGUCAAAAUUAUACUUCAUAUAUUUUUCACAGUUAGUAGCCCUGUGUGCGUUGGUGGCAGUGUCCCAGGCUGGUCUCCUGCCUGCGCCUGUACACUACUCCUCCGCCGCCGCCGUCUCCUCGCAGAGCAUCGUGCGCCACGACCAGCCACAGGCCGCCAAGCUGGUGGCUGCCGCUCCCGUCUACCACGCCGCCCCCGCACCAGUCGCCUACCAUGCUGCCCCCGCCGCCGUCACCUACCACGCCGCUCCCGCUCCAGUCGCUUACCACGCCGCCCCCGUCCAAGUCGCCUACCACGCCGCUCCUGUCGCCAAGGUUGUGGCUCACGCUGAGGAAGUCGCCUACCCCAAGUACGAGUACAACUACUCCGUAGCCGACGGCCACACCGGCGACAACAAGUCCCAGCAGGAGGUGCGCGACGGCGACGCCGUGAAGGGCUCGUACUCCUUCCACGAGGCCGACGGCUCCAUCAGGACCGUGGAGUACACAGCUGACGACCACAACGGCUUCAACGCGGUGGUUCACAACACCGCCCCCACCGCCGCUCCCGUCGCCAUCAAGGCCGCCCCCGUGCUGCUCAAGACUGCCUACGCCGCGCCCGCGCUGCAAUACUACCACCACUAG